AUGGCUACCGACAUUGAGAUGGAAGACUUGAACAGAAAGACAGACCCAGGGCUGGAUCCUCUCAAUGCCGACAAGCCUAUAUACGAGUCUCAGGACGCAAGGGAGAGCACCGUCUCGCUUUGGGUCUGGGUGUCCUCUGCAAUCCUUGGAUUUGCCUCGCUACCUCUUCUGCUCUUCCCCAGGCUAAUCCUAUUUACGUCGGAAGCUUCUACCGAGGCCAGGACACUGCUGACGCCUCUGGAGUCCUUCCUAUGCACGCACUUCGGAAUUUUGCUUGCAACUAUAGCCUUAACACUAGUCCUGAAUAUACCCUCUUAUGCGCCCAUUGCGCCCAGGGAAGAGAUUACGAAUAUCCAAACGCAUCCUCUGCUUGGUCCACUUACGGGCGCCUGUGUUCUAUCAGCCUUUCUGGCGUGGAAUACUAGAGAUGUCGGUCCACUGGCCACGUUGGUUUUCCUAGGAACGGGGACAGUAGGGCUUUCCGGUCUCUGGGCGAUUGUAUUUGCUGGGACUGCAAGGAUAUCGAGAAAGACCGGUGCCGACAAGCACACUUCGACGUUCAUCUUCGGGAAUAGGUCCGCUGCUUCAAAGCAGAAGAAACAGUGGAAGAAGGAACAGAAAGCGCGGCAAUGA